AUGGACCUGCUGUCGAUGACUAAAGAAAAUCUCGCAGAAUUGCGUCAAGUCGCGGACGGUGCAAGCAGGCACAUUCACGCUCUCCGAGCGCUCAAACGCUCUAUGCAGCACUGGGACAAUUUAUUAGUCUAUAUUUUAAGUAACAAACUAGACGCGCUCACACUUCGAGAAUGGCGUUUAUCGCUGACGAGUUCCGAGAUGCCGACGCUGAGGCAAUUCAUAGAUUCAUUGCUCAUCGAUGCCAAACGCUUGAGGCAAACGGCAAAUCAAGUGUCGCCACUCCAAAGGGCGCGAACACGCGUUCACAGUCUGACUCGAAGCGUCAAUCGUGCUUUGCGGCGGUCAAAGGCCAAGUGUAUUUUUUGCAAGGGAGAGCAUCCCAUCUAUCAUUGUCAAAACUUCUUGGCUUUGCCGAUUUCACAGAGAAUCUCGGAGAUUCGCAAAUGCAAGGCCUGCGCAAAUUGCUUAAAAUCCACGGAUCACAGUUCGAGUAAAUGCACUUCUGGCAAAUUUCGCAAUCUCAUCUAUCAUUGCAAAUUUUGCAAAUUAAAACAUAAUACAUUGCUUCACCCCGCUACCGCCGCAACCACAAACUCUAACGUAGAGUCUCACGAUCCCGCUAAAGACGGAUCCAGUGAAGUAAUAUCCACGAAUUCCUCUGCCGCCCUCGCAAAUAAUGCGCAUUCAUCCAUUCACAGCUGCAUCAUGCUCUCAACGGCUACCGUGUACGCAUACGGUAGCAAGGGUUCGCGACAGCCCUGUCGCGUGUUGCUGGCUCACAAACAAAUUUCAUUUCACGACACUUCCUACGAGUGCUUGCGCUUAAGCCGCGAUCUCUAG